UUCUUCUCUCAUCUCGGCACAACACAAAAAGUUUGAAAAAAGAUGGCCUCUCGACACAGCUUGGUAUUUUUCUUUCUCCUCGGUUUAUUCACCGUCUUAAUAAGUCCGGCUAUCUCUUCUCGCGUCUUGUCCUCCACCAAGCGUCCGGUCAACGUUGACUCUCGCUCUUCCAUUGCUUCCUACUGUGAGAGCUGGAGAUUGGCCGUCGAGACCAACAAUGCUGGAACAUGGAAGGUGGCUCCAUCCAAAUGUGUUAGCUCCACUGAAACUUAUUACAGCGGAGGCCAGUUCGACAACGAUUACAAUGUACUUGCUCGUUACGCUCUCGCCUUUGCUAAGACAGUAAAGAUUGGUGAAGAUGGCAAGGAUGCAUGGAUCUUCGACGUUGAUGAGACGCUUCUCUCGAACCUCGAGUACUAUAAGGCUAACGGUUAUGGGUCUGAGCCGUACAACUCCAAGAAGUUCCAUGAGUGGGUGGCACAAGGUACAGCCCCAGGUUUUGAUGCGAGCUUGAAACUGUACAAAGGUCUCAAGAAGCUUGGUUUCACUAUCAUUCUGCUAACUGGCCGAGAUGAGGCCCAGAGGAGUAUUACCGAGAAAAAUCUCCGGGAGGCCGGUUACUCCGGCUGGGAACAUCUCCUCCUGAGGGGUCAUGAAGAUCAAGAAUAUCUUUCGAGUUUCGAUGUAGUUGUUGCAAAUUGA